AUGACAAGUCUAGCAAGAAGCUACGUGUGGUGGCCGAACAUGGAUAACGAUUUGGAAAACAAAGUACGAACAUGCAACAACUGCCAGAUAAAUAGAAAGAAUCCUCCUGAAGCGCCACUGCACCCGUGGGAAUGGCCAAGCCGACCAUGGGAAAGAAUUCAUAUUGACUAUGCUGGUCCAUUCUUGGGGAAAAUAUUCCUCAUCAUGGUCGAUGCGUACUCAAAAUGGCUCGAAGUGCAUCCAACGAAUGUGGCAACAUCGAGAGCAACAAUUGAAAAACUUCGAUCAACAUUUGCAAUCCACGGCUUUCCUAAAACAAUUGUUAGUGAUAACGGUAGUAAUUUUUGCAGUGAAUAAUUCGAAGAAUUUCUGGCGAAAAACGGCAUUCAUCACAGAAGGACGGCUCCUUAUCAUCCAGCCUCCAAUGGACUUGCAGAACGGGCGGUCCAGACGUUUAAAGUAGGGAUGAAGAAAAUGUCAAAUAAGGAAAGUUUGGAAACCAGAGUGUCUCGGUUUCUCUUCAAAUACCGUAUCACGCCACACUCAACCACAGGGAUAACGCCAGCGGGAAUGCUUAUGAGCAGAAAACCAAGAUCUCGCUUGGACGUACUACAUCCAGAUGUAAGACAAAGAGUACAGGACCAACAGAAGAAGCAGAAAGAGUUACACGAUCAACAUGCAGUGGAUCGACAAUUACGACCAGGUGAUUUAGUAUAUUCGAGAGAAUAUGGAAAACAACAAAAGUGGUGUCCAGGAGUGAUCAAUACACAAACCGGGCCAGUUUCCUAUACCAUACAGUUGGAAGACGACCGCGAGGUUUAUCGCCAUCAAGAUCAGGUGAUCCAUAGAGAAACACCCGACGAAAACGAAAAUGACGUCAGGGAUCCAGAUACCAACCAGCAACCCGUUCUAGACCAACAAGUGGUUAGCGAAGAAAAUGCAGUUCCAGCAGCCCGAUAUCCGCAAAGAGAUAGACAAACACCGGACUAUUAUUCGUGA